AUGAAGUUGUUUCAUCUUUUACCAUGUCUGACUCUGGCAGCCGCUGUCCCCGUACAACAUGCUACGGAGGACGUUGCCUCUCUCGCCGAGCGCCAACUAAGCACAACACGAAAUGAACUUGAAUCAGAGAGCUCAUCUGCCUGCCCCCGAGUGAUCUUCAUUUUUGCUCGUGCUUCUACAGAGAUUGGUAACAUGGGAGCAUCCGCUGGUCCUGCCGUCGCAAAUGCUCUUGAGAGCCACUACGGUGCCUCUCAAGUGUGGGUUCAGGGCGUUGGUGGCCCUUACACUGCUGAAUUGGCUUCGAACUUUCUCCCUGGGGGGACCAGCCAGGCCGCCAUUAAUGAGGCGAAGCGUCUAUUUGACGAGGCAAACCAGAAAUGCCCCAACUCAGCAAUCGUUGCAGGUGGCUACAGUCAAGGUACUGCGGUCAUGUCUGGUUCAAUUUCUGGCCUGAGUGCCACCGUUCGAAAUCAGAUCAAAGGUGUUGUACUAUUUGGAUACACGCAAAAUUUCCAAAACGGCGGCAACAUCCCCAAUUUCCCCAGCUCGAAGCUCGAUGUUUUCUGUGCAGCAACUGAUGCAGUUUGUUACGGCACCUUGUUUAUCCUUCCUGCGCACUUCCUUUAUACAGAUGAAGCAGCGGAUGAGGCUCCCGAUUUUCUCAUAGGCCGGAUCGGUUAG